AUGCCGGAAACGACGGCCGAUCUGCAUCGGAAUGCUGACGAAGGCCGGGCUUACAUGAAAGUAUCCGCAGAGAGUUCCAGUGACUCAACAAGCAGUGUCCUCAACCAGCUUCUCAGCGCACAGCAGACAAGAGCAGAAGCUAUAGUUCACCAAAUGUACAGCUUAAAUGCAGGCCUAUUGCACGUCACGAAAUUAGAUUUUGGAGCAAUAACUUCUGGCGUUGUUCCACUUUCCGCAUACGAUCUUGGUCCUUCCUCACCCAUCAACCUUCAGCUCAUUUUCCUGCUGAGUACACCACCAACGUCCGGUGUUCAAAAAUACAAAGCUCUUUGUCGCUGCAAAUACUCCAUGCUUGGCGAUCAGACCUAUCGCAUUUAUGAAUUUGCCCUGAUCUGCGGCAAAGCCAAGCACGACUAG